AUGGUGUCUCCCUCGGUAAAGUCAGUCCCUGCUGAAGGAGACCCUCCUGCAGCCCGCAUUCGAGAGCGGUAUACGAGCACUGGGCUCCCCCUUUCUGCCUGCCGCUCCAAGCGAGCCGAGCUCCUGCCAGGCAGCAAAGCCGCGGGGCUCGGAGGGGACGCGGGGCCCGCGCUGGGACAGCCGGCGGGGGCUGCACCGCCUAAAGCCGAGUCCGCGGGCAAGAUCAGAGAGUGCGACAGCCGCCAGGCUGCUCCAGCCGUGGCUCCACGAGCGAGCGGCGGCGGAGGCGGGCGGCACCGCCGGGCGGUACCGGCGGCGCAGGGGUCCGCCCGAACUCCACCAGGCUCCCGGCCGGGCGAGCCCUGCGGGCAGAGCCCGCGCGGGAGCAGCAGCGGCGCUGCCCGGGGUCCGUGCCCGGCCCGGGGGCACCGCCGGCGUGGGCGCCUCGCAGCUGCCCGGGGCCGGGCCGGGCCGGGCCGGGGCCCGCGCGGCGCUCACCGUCCCGUCCAUGCUCCGCUCCCGCCGCGGCCGUCCGCGUGCGGAGCGCCUGCGCGGCGCUGCGGAGAGCGGCCAGGGACCGUCGGUAAAGUGCAUCUCGCCCGCCGCGCCGGGGGAGAGGGUCCCGCACAGGGAGCCCGGCCCCGGCCGCGCUGCUGCGACGGGAGGGCGGCGCAGCCACAGCCCCUGCCCCGCUCCCAGCCCGGCGGGGGCGGCGCGGCACGGAGCUCCUCCCGGGGACAGGUGGGUGCGGCGCCCACGCCCUCCCAGCCCCACGGGCCGCCUCGACGGAGCCCGAGAGAGGGACGGAGCGGCUUUAGGUCCGCCGCGGCCGCCACCGCCCCCAGCCCCGCCGCCCCAGCCACCCCCUUCUCUCCCCACCAGCGCCCCUACCACCGCCGGAGUCCCCUUACUGUGGCAGCCCCCAGCCCCGCACUCAGCGCCCCGCACUCACCGCCGCCCCCUGCCGCCCCCGCCGCCGCAGCCCCGGCGCUCUCGCAGCCCUCUGGCCGCCGCCGCAGCCUCCGCACGCUCCCCAGCGCCGCCUGCCGGCCCCGCUCUGCAUCACCCCCAGCCGCGGGGCCCGACGCAGAGCCCCCGCCCCGCCCGGCCCGGCCCGGCCCGGCCCGGCCCCAGCGCCGCCCGCCCGAGAGCAGCACGGUCGGGAGCGCUUCCGACGGGUACCUAGCGGGUCUCGCACCCACAGCGAACGGGCCGGGGUUCACAGGGAGGCAAUGA